AUGUGGAAGUACGGUUUGUUGGUGCUUUUCGGCGCCCUGUUUGUGCGCGGGCAGUUUCCGAGGGAAUGUGUGACUCUGGAGGGACUUCGGAGUGGUCAGUGUUGUCCAUCCCCGUUUGGGGUCGCGAAUGACGCCUGCGGGUCUGCCACAGGACGUGGACAGUGUAUUUUGAUAGCGGCAGACGCAAGUCCACACGGCCCCCAGUACCCCCACGAUGGACGGGAUGACCGUGAACGUUGGCCCAUCCGCUACUUCAACCGAACCUGCCAGUGCAACGGGAAUUUCACCGGUUAUGAUUGUGGCGGUUGUAUGCAUGGAUUGGCCGGGUUAAACUGUGACCAACCCGUCGCUAUCGUCCGGAGAAACGUGAUGCAGCUAAGUGCGGCUCAGAAGCGAGCUUUCGUGACCGCACUAGACCAGGCCAAGCGCACCGUACAUCCGGACAUUGUAAUAGCUACGCGGCGAUACCAGGAUGUCUUCGGACCCGAUGGAAACACCCCGCAGUUUGAGAACAUCACCAUCUAUAAUUACUUUGUGUGGACCCACUACUAUUCGGUCAGCAAGACCUUCUUGGGGGCCGGUCAGCCGAGCUUUGGCGGAGUUGACUUCUCUCACGAAGGUCCCGGUUUUGUGACCUGGCACAGGUUUCACCUGCUCCAACUUGAGCGCGACAUGCAGGAUAUGCUGCAAGACCCUUCCUUUGCCCUGCCCUACUGGAACUUUGCCAUUGGUGGAAGCACCUGUGACAUCUGCACAGAUGACCUAUUGGGAGCGAGGAGCAACCUCAAUAUGAAUUCCAUCAGCACCAACUCCAUCUUCUCCAACUGGAGGGUGAUUUGUGAGAGUGUGGAGGACUAUGACACACUGGGAACCAUCUGCAACAACACUGAGACCACCCCCAUCAGGAGGAACCCAGCAGGUAACGUGGCCCGCCCCAUGGUGCAGCGUCUCCCUGAGCCCCAGGAUGUUGCAGACUGCCUGCAGGUGAACACCUUCGACACCCCUCCCUACUACUCCACCUCCUCAGAGAGCUUCAGGAACACCAUUGAGGGCUAUAGUGCCCCCCAGGGAAACUACGACCCUGUGGUACGGAGCCUUCACAACCUGGCCCACCUGUUUCUGAAUGGAACAGGCGGACAGACCCACCUCUCGCCUAACGACCCCAUCUUCGUGCUCCUCCACACUUUCACCGAUGCCAUCUUUGACGAGUGGCUCAGGAGGCACGCCCCAGAUUCUGCAGUCUAUCCUUCAGAGAAUGCCCCCAUUGGUCACAACAGGGGGUACAACAUGGUUCCCUUCUGGCCUCCAGUGACCAACGCUGAGAUGUUUCUUACAGCCCCUGAGAACCUUGGCUACUCCUACGAGGCCGAAUGGCCAGCUGCUCCUUUCACUUUGACCGAGAUCAUCACCAUUGCCAUGGUGGCAGCCCUGGUCAUCGUGGCUGUAAUCUUUGCUGCCACCACAUGUGUUGUGCGCGCCCGCUCCUACAGCAAACUGGAGGGCCGCCAGCCCCUGCUGGGUGAACAAUACCAACGCUAUGACAACGACAAAAGCCAAUCCGUGGUCUGA